AUGGCAGAUUUGGAGUCUCUAAACUCGUUUAUGUGUGACAGGUUAAUGGCGGUAGCAGUAGAGAUAUUUCAGAUAGUGAAGGAUACGGUUAUUCAGUAUCAGGAGGAGGUGCAGAGACAUAAACAGGAAAAUGUUUAUCUGAGGAAAAUGCUGGCGGAACUGAGCAGCACCAACACUGCAACAGCUCCACAAAUCUGCCACACCACUGAGUUUCCUUCAGAGCAGCCAAACACCAAUCAAGUGAUGCUGGACUCUGAGAACUCACUAAUACAAGUAAAGCUGGAGCUCAGUACCAUGCAGCAGAAUCUUGCGUCACCCCUGCCUAUAAACGAUCAACCUGCAUGCUGUAUACCUCCAGAAGCUGCUAAAGGUCCCUGUAACCCUGCUGUCACAGAGCAGGAGGUCAUGGUCAAACUAGAGCACAGUGACACCCAAGCUCUUCACAGUGCACCCCCAAACUCCUCUGCACAAAACAAUCAAAGUCAGUUCGAACCGGACCCCCACACGUCCGCUCAGAGUGACAUGUCUCAGCUACCAUUUCACCUGCAAAGUCCAGUUGCACAGCGCUUGUUUCGUUCCAAGAUGUCUCGGAAACCUUGCAGAAAGGGCGGCCAUUUAAAGGCACGCAAGGUACCACGCUCUGACGGAGCCAAACUCCGAUGUGAUCUGUGUGGGAAGUGGUACAGUACCACGCACUCUCUUAAACUGCACCUAAGAACACACACGGGGGAGAGGCCGUUUCAGUGCAAGUUCUGCGUUAAGACUUUUCAUCAGAAGGUGCAUUUAAAGGAACACGAGAGAACCCACACGGGUGAAAAACCCUUUAGCUGUUCGGCUUGUGGAAAAUUUUUCAGCCGCUCUCACCAGAUCAAAAUGCACAUUCAGAACCAUCAUCCAAACCAUUCAGCAACCAUUAUAAAACAUCCACAAUAUAAAUGA